AUGGCUAGUUCAGCCCGAGAACAUCUGCUUUUUGUGCGACGUCGCAACCCACAGCUACGGUAUACUCUGAGCCCAGAGAAUCUGCAGAGUUUGGCAUCUCAGGGCACCAUGGCUGAGAACAUGAACUUGCAGCGUGCCAACAGUGACACUGAUUUAGUGACCUCGGAUAGCAGGUCUAGUUUGACAGCAAGUAUGUAUGAAUACACCUUGGGGCAAUCUCAGAACCUUAUAAUUUUCUGGGAUAUUAAGGAAGAAGUGGACCCAACUGACUGGAUAGGACUUUAUCACAUAGAUGAGAACUCUCCAGCCAAUUUCUGGGAUUCCAAGAAUCGGGGAGUGACUGGCACGCAAAAAGGGCAAAUUGUAUGGCGAAUUGAACCUGGCCCCUAUUUUAUGGAAUCUGAAAUAAAGAUCUGCUUUAAAUACUACCAUGGUGUUAGUGGAGCCCUCCGAGCUACUACUCCAUGUAUCACUGUGAAAAACCCUGCUGUGAUGAUGGGAGUAGAAGGCACGGAUGAAGGUGCUUCUGGAGCCCAGCACUCUAGGAAGUUAGUCAGCUUUACCCUAUCAGAUAUUAGAGCAGUUGGACUUAAAAAAGGCAUGUUCUUCAACCCUGAUCCUUAUUUAAAGAUGUCCAUUCAGCCAGGCAAGAAAAGUACAUUUCCUACAUUUGCUCAUCAUGGCCAGGAAAGAAGGUCGACUAUCAUCAGUAACACAACUAAUCCUGUUUGGCACAGAGAGAAAUAUUCUUUUGUUGCACUUCUAACAGAUGUCCUGGAAAUUGAGGUUAAAGACAAAUUUGCCAAGAGUCGUCCAAUCAUCAAGCGCUUUCUUGGGAAGUUAACCAUACCAGUUCAGCGACUAUUGGAGAGACAUGCAAUUGGAGACCAGGUUCUCAGUUAUAAUCUUGGCAGAAGGCUCCCAGCUGAUCAUGUAAGUGGAUAUCUCCAAUUCAAAGUGGAAAUCACAUCUUCUGUUCAUGAAGAUGCUUCACCAGAAACAGUUGGCACUUUAUUAGGAGUGAACUCUGUAAAUGGAGACUUGGGAAGCCCCUCCGAUGAUGAAGACAUGCCAACAGGACAUCAUGAUACAUCCACAGUGUGUUCCAAUGGUCCAAUCCUCGAGGAAUCUUCUGGAGAAGUAAUCCUGAGACACCCUUUAAGGACUAGUACAACUCUGGAAACGGACCAGGAUGAGUUGACCUCUGGUGCUUCAAGAUCAUCACCUACCAGAGGUCGCCAGGACUCACUAAAUGACUAUCUGGAUGCAAUAGAACACAAUAAUCAUGCCAGACCUGGGAUGUCUGCCUGCGGUGAACGUCCACGUGGAGCCUCCCCAAAACUGAGGAGUAGCUUCCCUACUGACACAAGACUUAAUGCUAUGCUUCACAUUGACUCAGAUGAAGAGGAGCAUGAGCUACAUCAAGACCUGGGGUUUCCAUCUUCCCUGGAAGACGGUGGUGGUUUAGUAAUGCUUAAUGGUGCUACAAGAAAUGUUGAAAGAAAUGGUUUAAGUUACUCAUCAGAUCAGGUAAUGCAAGGGCCUGCAGAGAAUGAAAAUGUUUCAGUCUCUGAAGCUCCUUUGCCAUCAACUGAUGACCAGCAAGAGACCCUCCCAGAGCUGCCAGCGUCACAGUUAGCAGGAGGUGAAAGCCUGCAGGGUUCUCAAAGUGAAGCACCAGCAGACCAGGCUGGCAACGACUCAUGUGCCGCUCAGGAGGCAGAGCAGCCUCCUAGCAGUGCAGAUGCAAGAGCUGCCGAUGCUGCUGCUGGGAACAGAAGGGGCGUUAGUGAAACAGAAUCCAUUGAUCAAGGGUCUGAACCUUCCCAGAUGUCAUCAGAAACUGAGCAGAGUGACCCUGCUCGCACAGAAAGCGUCAGUGAGGCUAGUACCCGGCCAGAAGGGGAGAGUGACGUGGAAGGGGCAGACAGCUCUUGCAACGAAAGUGCGACUGUGCGACGUUCCUCAGUUGAAAUGCGGUGUUCUUCUUUUGAAAGUACCAGGUUUCCUGAGACUCCAGCCUUUUCUUCUCAGGAGGAGGAAGAGGGAGCUUGUGCCACCAGUGCAGCUAGAAUUGAGCCAGGUGCUGAAACACAGGAGUCUGCAAGUACUUCUGGCGCUCUACCUGCAGUACAGUUACCUCAGGAGGAAGUACAGGAGGCUGAGGCAGGAGAAUUACAAGACCAAGAAGAAGCAGAAGAAAUCUGGCAAAGAAGAAUAAGCCUGCAGGCGGCAGCUGCCAAUAGCCAGUCUCAGGAGGAAGAAAUUGAAGGAGCCCAAGCAGCUUGUGAGGGUGCCACAGCACAGGUUGAAGGAGCUACUGGAGGUUCUCAAGCCAACGGCCAUCAGCCCUUGAGGUCGCUGCCUUCGGUACGUCAGGAUGUUAGCCGGUACCAGAGAGUGGAUGAGGCUCUACCACCAAACUGGGAGGCUCGAAUUGACAGCCAUGGACGGAUUUUUUAUGUGGACCACGUGAACAGGACAACAACAUGGCAGCGACCCACAGCACCCCCAGCCCCACAGAUUCUCCAGAGGUCAAAUUCCAUACAGCAAAUGGAACAGCUGAAUCGCCGGUACCAGAGCAUCCGAAGAACAAUGACUAAUGAUAGGCCUGAAGAGCACACAAAUGCCAUGGAUGGAGCUGGAGAGGAAACUGACUUUCACCAUUCUAAUACAGAUUUUCGAAGAGAGAAUGUGCUGCCUCACUCUACCUCCAGAUCCAGACUUACUUUAUUGCUCCAGUCUCCCCCUGUGAAAUUCCUUAUCAGCCCAGAGUUCUUUACAGUGCUGCAUUCUAACCCUAGUGCCUACCGCAUGUUUACAAAUAACACGUGUUUGAAGCACAUGAUCACCAAAGUCCGGCGGGACACCCACCAUUUUGAGCGCUACCAGCAUAAUCGGGAUUUGGUGGGCUUCCUCAACAUGUUUGCUAACAAACAGCUGGAGCUGCCAAGAGGUUGGGAAAUGAAGCAUGACCAUCAGGGCAAGGCUUUCUUUGUUGACCACAAUUCCCGCACUACCACGUUCAUUGACCCCCGGCUUCCCUUGCAGAGUAGCAGGCCCACUAGUGCGUUAGUCCAUCGGCAGCACUUAACUAGACAACGCAGCCACAGCGCUGGUGAGGUCGGAGAGGACUCCCGUCAUUCAGGACCACCAGUUUUGCCGAGACCAUCUAGCACAUUUAAUACAGUCAGCAGAGCUCAGUACCAGGAUGUGGUUCCAGUGGCUUACAAUGACAAGAUUGUUGCAUUUUUGCGCCAACCCAAUAUCUUUGAAAUUCUACAAGAGCGUCAACCAGAUCUUACCAGAAAUCAUUCACUCAGGGAGAAGAUCCAGUUCAUCCGGACAGAGGGAACACCUGGGUUGGUGCGUUUAUCCAGUGAUGCAGACCUUGUCAUGUUACUCAGCUUGUUUGAGGAGGAGAUAAUGUCAUAUGUGCCACCACAUGCCUUACUUCAUCCUAGUUAUUGCCAGUCCCCGAGAGGCUCGCCGGUGUCUUCGCCUCAGAACUCUCCAGGUACUCAGCGUGCCAAUGCCCGAGCUCCAGCUCCUUACAAAAGAGAUUUUGAAGCCAAGCUGAGGAACUUUUACAGGAAGUUGGAGACUAAAGGAUAUGGACAAGGCCCAGGGAAAUUGAAAUUAAUCAUCAGGAGAGAUCACUUGCUAGAAGAUGCCUUUAACCAGAUCAUGGGCUACUCGAGAAAAGACCUGCAGAGAAAUAAACUCUAUGUCACGUUUGUUGGGGAAGAAGGGUUGGACUACAGUGGGCCUUCAAGAGAGUUUUUUUUCCUGGUGUCUAGAGAGCUCUUCAAUCCAUAUUAUGGUUUGUUUGAGUAUUCAGCCAACGAUACCUAUACAGUACAAAUAAGUCCCAUGUCUGCUUUUGUAGACAAUCAUCAUGAGUGGUUCAGGUUUAGUGGUCGAAUUCUUGGUCUUGCUUUGAUACAUCAGUAUUUGCUAGAUGCCUUUUUUACACGGCCCUUUUAUAAAGCCCUCCUCCGAAUACUCUGUGACCUGAGUGACCUGGAAUAUCUCGACGAGGAGUUUCACCAGAGUUUGCAGUGGAUGAAAGACAAUGACAUUCAUGAUAUCCUAGAUCUCACGUUUACUGUAAAUGAGGAAGUUUUUGGGCAGAUCACAGAACGGGAAUUAAAGCCAGGAGGUGCCAACAUCCCAGUCACUGAAAAGAACAAGAAAGAAUAUAUAGAAAGAAUGGUGAAAUGGAGAAUUGAGAGAGGAGUUGUACAACAAACAGAAAGUCUAGUCCGUGGUUUUUAUGAGGUGGUUGAUGCGAGGCUCGUGUCUGUGUUUGAUGCCAGAGAACUGGAACUGGUUAUAGCUGGAACAGCAGAAAUUGACUUGAGCGACUGGAGAAAUAAUACAGAGUAUAGAGGAGGUUAUCAUGACAAUCACAUUGUAAUUCGGUGGUUCUGGGCUGCUGUAGAAAGAUUCAACAAUGAACAACGACUAAGACUUCUACAGUUUGUUACAGGCACAUCCAGCAUACCUUACGAAGGAUUUGCCUCUUUACGGGGGAGCAAUGGUCCAAGAAGGUUCUGCGUAGAGAAGUGGGGGAAGAUCACUGCUCUUCCAAGGGCUCACACUUGUUUCAAUCGUCUGGACCUUCCCCCUUACCCAUCAUUCUCUAUGUUAUAUGAAAAACUGUUGACAGCAGUUGAAGAGACAAGUACUUUUGGACUUGAGUGA